AUGCAAGGCCCUAGCAAAAUGAUCCGUGCCUCUGCCUCCAGUAUGUCCCCUGCUGUGUAUGGACUUGAAGGGUGGGCAGAUCUCCCAGAAGGUCUACUCCAUUCUAUCAUUCCUCUGUUGAGCUCCUUCCUUGAGCUCCACGCUUUUGCUGGCACCUGCCGCUCUUGGCGUGCUGCUUUCGCCUCAUACCCAUCUAAAUCCACAUUCUGCACCUUGCUCCCGCCUCUCCUCAUCCUGCCCCAUAUCAAAGUCUGUGCUGCUAAUCUCCCUUCUAGAAGCGAUGAUGGUCACGAGCUCCGCACGUGCCAGCUGAUUUGUGGCCGUGGCAGAAAUUGUCUUAUCGUGGAUGUGUUCACUGGUGCCAAAGUUUUACCUCCACAGCUCCCAUUUGGCGACAACACUUGUUUCUACUCUGGCAUGCUGACAGCUCCCGUCGCAUCACCAAACUCACACCUCCUACUUUGCGCAUCAUCGAAACAGGGCGGUCAGUGCUUCCUGCUUGAUUGGCUGAUUGGAAGUGAUUCUUGGUCAAAACUUCGGCUCGAUGAUUCACGGAUUGAGCAGAUUGUGGAGUUCAAUGGCGAGUUCAUCACAAUGGACUACUACUACAAGCUCUACAAUCUGUCCUUGGCCCCUCAGCUUGGUCUGCAGAAGAUAGCAACUGUGUGGUGGGAUGGCAAUGAUGAAUGCUGCCCAUAUCUAAGGCCAUGGAUCGUGGUGUGUGGUGACAUGCUCCUGAUGGUCGACCAUUGCAUAACCCUUUCGUUAGCUGGAGCACCUGUCGAGUACAAAGCCUAUCGCCUCAACAUGUCAACUGUGCCUGCAGCUUGGGUGGAGGUGAAGAAGCUAGAGAAUUACUCUCUUUUUAUUGGGUGCGAUGUGAGGAGCCCUGUGUUUUCUUGCGCCAGCUUUGGACGAUGGAGCGGGAGGAGCAACUGCUUGUACUACGGGUAUUAUGAUCCACCCUUGGUGUUGCAUGGGCUUGGAGAUGAUGCAGAUGCUGUGUGGAAUCCAGACAACGAUGAUUACCCUGAGUUCAAGAGGAACUGGUACUGCCAACUGCAGGUCUUCUGGGUGUACCCAAGUAUGCUUUACCGCUGA